AGUUGUAGAGGGAGUUAUAAAAACUAUCUAAAAUAUCCAUCCUCCCAAAAAGAAAGGAGACAGGUCUUCAAAGAGCUGUCCCAGAAUGCCGCUGAUGAAGAACCUGGCUCUGAAGGUGAAAUAAUUCAGAGAACAAGAGUCCAGACGCAGGACACACAAAAAACAAAAUCAUCUGAGGCUGCCAUUGAGGGAACCUGCAGACAGUCUGUUCAAGUGAUGGAAUCACGCUCCACAUCAAACCAAGGCAGCACUUUUACGCAAAUAAUUGCUGACCAACAGGAUGUCCAAAUGCAAACAGAUGUACAGCUGUCCCAGAUUGCUGCUGAUGAAGAACCUGGCACAGAAUGUGAAAGCAUUCAGACAGCAAGAGUGAAUAUUACCCAGGCUGCCAUUGAGGGACUUGAAUCACCCUCCACAUCAGACCAAGGCACAACUUUUACGCAAAUAAUUGGUGAACAACAGGAUGUACAAAUGCAAACAGAUGUACAGGAAAUAUCUGUGAGACAGCCAGAAGACAACAUAUCGCUAACGACUGCUGACCUGCAAGAGAUGACAAACGAAAAGGUAGACCUUUUGUUGGAUGGAGAUGAUCCUGUGUAUCCCGGAGCACCUCUGACAAAAGGGCAGAGUUUACUGUUGCUUAUGUCUUAUAUACUAAGGCACAAUCUUACAGCUGUUUCAGUAGACCAUCUACUGAAGAUCUUCAAUGAGCAUUUUCCAGGCAUGGUGCCAGUAACCAAAUAUCUUUUUCGAAAAGCCUAUGGUCAGUAUGGAAAUUAUGAACCCCAUUUCUACUGUCCAACAUGUGAAAACUACUUGGGGAAAAAUACUGGUGAGCUACAGUGUGACAUUUGUUGUACAGUAACUAAUUCAGAAAGCUGUCUUAAAAGUGGCAGCUUUUUCCUGGUUCUCAGUUUAGCUUCACAGAUCAAAAUAUUGCUUGAGCAAAAACAUACAAGUUUAAAAAAAGAUGGGCCAGUUGCAGAUACUAUUUCAGACAUACAAUGUGGAGAUGAGUAUCAAAAGCUUAAGGAAUCCGGUGCAAUGGGUGAAGAUGACAUAUCUUUAAUUUGGAACUGUGAUGGAAUACCGCUGUUCAGGAGUUCCAAGUACCAAAUCUGGCCCAUACAGUGCCAGGUUAUAGAGUUUGAGCCUAGAGAACGCAAGUCAAAUAUCUGUCUUCCCUGUCUUUGGUUUGGGGAGAAGAAGCCUUCCAUGAUUGCAUUUUUGAAGCCAUUUGUAGAUGAACUGUUAUUUCCUGAGAAAAAUGGUAUUAAAUGGACAGACUCUGCAAAUGUUGAACAUGUUUCCAGGGUUUUUGCUCUUAUAUGUAGCUCCGAUUCAGUUGCCCGUCCACUUCUGAGGAACACUAAGCAGUUUAAUGGGUUUUAUGGAUGUGAUUUCUGUUACCAUGUUGGAGGAGGUCCUUAUACAAACAAAGCCCCAGUACCGACUCUUAGAACUGAAGCUGAGCACUUUGAUCAUGCAUUGGCCGCAACACCAGAGAAACCUGUAAUGGGAGUUAAAGGACCUUCACCAUUAAUGAAACUUGACAAUUUUCAAAUGAUAAAUGGAUUUGUUCCAGAGUAUCAACACUCUGUCUGCCUUGGGGUGACAAGGCAACUAGCUAAUCUGUGGUUUGAUUCAAAAAAUCAUGAACAAGAUUGGUAUAUAGGAACAAAAUCAGGCCUUAUUGACAAAGAGCUUGUUACAAUCAAGCCACCUGUUGAAAUAACUAGAGUACCACGAUCUGUGGAAGACAGAAAGUUUUGGAAGGCAUCAGAGUGGAGGUCGUUCCUCUUGUUCUAUGCUCUGCCUCUGAUGAAUGGAGUGUUACUGAGGAAGUUCUGGAACCACCUUUUCUUGUUUGUGUUUGCUAUGCAUAUUCUCCUGGGUGAUAAAGUGAAACGCUGUGAUAUUGAUGUAGCAGAAAGAGCUCUCAAAAAGUUCACAGUGCAGUUUGAGAAGUUAUAUGGAGUAGCAAAUAUGACAUUCAAUGUUCAUCUACUGACACACAUUGCAUCAAGUGUUAGGAACUGGGGGCCUCUGUGGGCCACAUCAACGUUUUCUUUUGAAUCCUUUAAUGGCACUCUGUUAAAUUACUUCCAUGGAACCACUCAUGUUCCUGAACAAAUUGUUAAAAGGUUUCUUUGCUGGAAGAGUCUGACACAAAAAUCAGAAAAGGUAAUGGGACAUGCAAAUGAUGGUGUUAAAAAGAUUUUUAAUGGUCUCCUAAAUAACUAUUUACAUUCUUGUAAUUCAGCCAGCCUCAAUGAAAAUGUCAGGGUGUUCGGAAAACCUAGUUAUGGUAAACUAUCAGCCUCACAAUCAUUUGCUGUCAAAAACUUGCUAGGUGUUACAGUCAGUCAAUGUGUUUCUUAUCAUCGAUUCAUUGUAAAAGGAAUACUAUAUCAUUCAAGCAGUUACAGAAAUCUGAAAAAAAGGAUUAACUCAAUAGUAGAAUUGCAGGAUGGAAGAUUGUGCAGAGUUCUAGGCAUGUUAGUAAUCAAAAUGCAGCAUGUAUCAUUUCACUGUGUAUUGGUUAGGGAGCUAAAGAAGACUGCUAAACUGCUUUGCAGGGACAGUGAACUAAACAUUACUUCCACUUUUGUGUCAGAGGUCUUGGAGUCCAAUAUUGUAUGUGCAAUUUCCACUGAUCUGUUCUUCAGAAAAUGUGUUUUGAUCCAAUCAAGAGCCAAAAAGUAUGUUAUUCCACUCCCAAAUAAUAUAGAGAGAGAUUAGGUUAUAAUUAAUUGCAGAUUUUGCAUGAAAGGUUACAAACUACUUAAAGGGAUGCUUUAUCCAUUUCAUCAUUUACUCACCCUUAGGUUGUUUAAAACCUCAAUAUAUUUGACUCACUCCUAGUAUUUAUUCCCUACUAUGGUAGUAAAUGGGGGGUGAGAUCUGACAUUCUUUCAAAUUUCUUCCUGUGUGUUCAGCAGAACACAACAGAAAUGUAUACUGGUUUGGAACAAUCUGAGGGUGAGUAAAUGAUGACAACAUUUUUGUUUCAUGUUGUAUCCAUUUUAUUAUCCUGUAAAGACUGCAAGUUUCAUUAGUGAAUGUUGUGCAAUACAAAGCACAUAAUUUAGAAAAUAUGCUGUUGUUAUGCUUGUCCCAAAUUUUAAGUGACACACAGACUUUUGUGUUUAGUGUUGUUUUUAAUUCCUGUCAAAUCUGAAAUUAAUUAAUCUGUUUUAAUGAUAAGAAAUGUUAAAAAUAUAAUUCAAUAUUGUGCCAUUGUCAUUUAAAAGCAAAGCCCAAUUAUGUGUUUUAGGGUACUAUACUUUUAAUAAACUUUUAAAAUGGCUACUGACUUGCACCAAUGACAUAAUUUUCUGUAAAUAUAAUAGAAAUUGAGCCAUUCAUGUGCUAUUGUUGUUAGUAGCCUAAGCACAGUAAAUUAA